AUGCCUCUCUUUCUCCACUUUCUCUCCCUAUUCUCUCUCUUCUUCUCCCCAUCAAACUCCCUCUCUCUCACCUCCCAUUCUCUCUCCCAAAAGCCCUCCCUUUCCUCAUCCUCUGCCUCCGCCAAGCUCCCCUUCAAAUACUCCAAUGCCCUUGUCGUCUCUCUUCCGAUGGGAACGCCGCCGCAGCCGAUGGACAUGGUCCUAGACACCGGCAGCCAACUGUCCUGGACUCAAUGUCGCGGCGAGGUAAAUGGAAAAUUAGUGAAGCCAGGAAUUACCAUGUUUGACCCUUCUCGCUCCUCCUCUUUCUCUCUCCUUCCUUGUAACACCUCUCUCUGCAUACCUCAAAUUCCCGAUUUUACCCUUCCCACUUCUUGUGACCAACGUCGCCUCUGCCACUACUCCUACUUCUAUGCCGAUGGGACCUUGGCCGAGGGUAAUCUCGUCACUGAAAAAUUCACCUUCUCUAAUUCCUUAAUUACCCCUUCCAUCAUUCUCGGCUGCGCUAAGGCUUCCACCGAAAAUAGGGGUAUUUUGGGAAUGAAUACUGGACGCCUUUCUUUCAUCUCCCAGGCUAAAAUAUCCAAGUUUUCAUAUUGCAUCCCCGGUCGAAGCGGGUCGGAUCCAACCGGGUUGUUCUACCUUGGAGACAACCCGAAUUCAGGUAAAUUCAAAUACGUCAACAUGUUGACUUUUCCCCAAAGUCAACGCGCCCCAAAUCUUGACAAACUGGCCUAUACCCUCCCAAUGAAGGGAAUAAGAAUAGCCAAAAACCAACUCAACAUUUCCCCAACCGUUUUUAAACCGGACCCAUCUGGGUCCGGUCAGACCAUGAUCGAUUCCGGCUCGGAUUUGACGUAUUUGGUAGAUGAAGCUUACAACAAGGUUAGAGCAGAGAUAGUGAGAUUAGUGGGGCCCAUGAUGAAGAAAGGAUACGAAUACGCCUCCGUUGCCGACAUGUGUUUCGACGGUGCAGUGGCGGCUGCAGCCGGGCAGGGGAUUGGCGACAUGUGGUUCGAGUUUGAGAAUGGAGUGGAGAUAUUGGUCGGGAAAGGGGAAGGGUUAUUAACCGAAGUCGAAAAAGGGGUGAAGUGCAUAGGAAUCGGACGGUCAGAUAGGCUUGGGACUGGGAGUAAUAUAAUCGGUAACGUUCAUCAGCAGAAUAUGUGGGUGGAGUAUGAUUUUACCAAUAAGAGAGUUGGAUUCGGUGGAGCUGAGUGUAGUGGAUUGAAGGCAUGACGAUGAACCGUGAGUUUCAUACAAUCAUAACAAUAAUUUUAUGUAUGUAUUUAUAUUUUCAAAUUUUGUUAAAAUAAAACA